AUGAAGUCUUUCAGCAACGUUGAUAAAGAGAAUAAAAUAGCGUCAGUGGAACUUCUAAAGAGUGCGAAACAAUCCUCAUCGUCGUCAUCCUCAUCUCCAAUCCCAUCGUCCGUGAUUGGCAUCAAAAAAUCACCAGCUACGAAACUAACCACAACGAAUGUUGCUAGCAAAUCAGAUCCGUUCGUCAAAAACGAGCACAACGACCCCAGCAUCGACAACAGCAUCAACAACAACAAAUCAAAAAUUUUCAAUGACAGUUCUUUCGUUAGCUAUGAGAACAACAGCAGCAACAACAACGUCAAAACCAACAAUUCGGAUGGAGAGAAAACAAAGUCGCCGUCAUCCAACCACUCGUCGACGAAGAAGAAGAAAAAACGUUUCCGACCGACCGAACCACAAAACUCUCCCCACUUGACUUUACCGCAAAAAAUUCUCGUUUUCCUUGAGGACAACAGAAUCUCAGGAGAAGACCUCGACGCCAUCAGCAUCACUAUCGACACAAAAAACGUGAUCAAUGUCUCAACUCGUCACGUUUAA